AUGGCCAGCAAAACCACUCUCAAUUUAAUUGAGGCUUCUAUCAGCGACCUCAAACAGUUGCUUGACAACCGUGUCAUCACAAGUAUUGAGCUUGUUGCUCUUUAUCUACAUCGCAUCGGCAAAUAUGACUGUCGAGGUCCUUGUCUCAACUCAAUUACUCUCAUCAACCCAGAUGUCUUCACUGAAGCUCAAGCAUCGGAUGAUUACCGUGCAUCCGGAAAGCCGCCACGACCUCUAGAGGGUAUCCCAUUAACUGUCAAGGACAGCUACAAGGUCAAAGGCAUGACUGUCGCAGCUGCAUCGCCUGCCUUUGCAAAGCUUGAAGCUACCUCUGACGCUGCCAUCGUUGAACUGCUUCGCAAAGCAGGCGCUGUCGUGCUUGGAAAGACUAAUAUGCCACCUAUGGCUGACGGUGGCUGUCAGCGUGGAUUGUACGGACGGUCAGAGAGCCCGUAUAACCAGAAGUAUAUGCCCACUGCUUAUGCAUCCGGUUCCUCCUAUGGUUGUGGUGUAUCUACUGCCGCGAGCUUGGCUACCUUUGGCUUCGCCGGAGAAGCUGUCACUUCGGGUCGCUCGCCAGCAUCCAAUAACGCACUGGUUGGAUAUGCACCGUCCCGUAGUGUUAUUCCUCCCCGAGGAUUAUGGCCUUUGUACCCAACUUGCGACCAGGUCGUUCCUCACACAAGGACUAUGGAAGACCUGUUUCACGUUCUCAAUGUUGUUGUUGCGGAUGAUGGCGCUUCCGGCGACGCUGACUUUUGGCGCUCACAGCCAUAUAUACCACUCCCAAAGGUUAGCGAGAUACGACCGGUAGACUAUCUCGCUUUAGCCAACCCAGACGCCCUUCGUGACAAGCGACUGGCUGUCCCGCGCUGUUUCAUUGGCGUUGAAGGUGCUAAGCCUGAGAACGCAUGCUCGGUGGGCGUUAGGGCACUUUGGGAGAGAGCACGCGCAGAUCUCGAGAAGUUAGGUGCCACCGUCAUUGAGACAGAUUUUCCCCUCUUCGAGAACUACACGAGACAGGACUUUCCAGGCCAGAGCAUGAAUGUUCCCAAUCUCCCAGAGCAAUGGCCAGGCCUCGAGCGGUGUGAGAUGAUCGCAUUGAGUUGGAACAGCUUCCUUCGCAACAACGGCGAUAAGGAUAUAUCAAGCUUUACUACUGGCGUCGAGCUUGACAAGAUUCACCCCCACAUUGCCCCUAUGGAUGAUCCCUCUCAGCACACAGAGUCGCAGAAUCAGGUCCGCUACGAGGACAUGGUCGCUGCAGUCAAGAGCUGGGGAGACAAGAGCCUCGCCGACCUGCCUGGGUGUUGGGAGGCGCUUCAGGCCUUGGAGGCUAUGCGGAAGAAGGACUUGGAGGACUGGAUGGCCGAGAACAACUACGAUGCUGUGGUGUUUCCGACGAAUGGAGAUGUUGCACUGGCUGAUUCGGAUGAAAACUACGAGUCGAUGAUGUCUGCGCUACGUGAUGGAGUUAAGUAUGCAAAUGGUGGCCGGUCGCUGAAGCAUCUUGGGGUACCAUGCAUAACUGCGCCUAUGGGGACUCUUGCCGAGGAGAAGAUGCCGGUUGGACUCUCGUUCUGCGGCAGAGCGUAUGAUGACUCUAACCUACUGAGCUAUGCCUAUGCCUAUGAGAACGCCACCAAACGUCGAGAGAUUCCCCCGUUGGCUCCGUCACUGCCUUCAGAUGUAAUUCCCAUUACUAUCUCCGGUCCUGCAUCUCCUACAGCUUCAGCACCAACUCUCAACAUCGCAUCAAUUACAUCUGUCAACGAGGACUCGCAUGACUCAGAUGUUCGGGUAGUCAAGGUUACGGGAACUUGCCACAUGAAAAACUCAACUGAGUCCUUGAUUGGCUUGGAGGUCUUUGCCAAUGGUGAGCCAACAUCUCCUGUAAGUUGGACCGGAAACAAAUGGGUAUGGACAGGUCGCCUCACACGACCCAAGCGCGACGACAAGUACCCGCCUCUGGCGAAGGUCCCGAGAGAUCAGUUCCUCCUUGUGUUUGUUGCAAAGGCAGAUAAUGGACGCUCUGCUGGUUCGUUUACCUUGCUUGACUAA